UUCAGCACAGAAUCACAAGCUAGUGACAUACCAUUAAAUCGUUAAUUUUGUUGACUAGUAACAGGCACACCAAUCGGCGAUUGACAACCAGACUUAUGACAGACGCAUCAGUCGGCGAUUUGUCAAGAUGGGAACCACAACCAGAAUUUAUCGACCACCCACAGUCGAGGAAGCACCGGAUGAGAUACGCAGUCGCAUCAGCAGUUGGCCACAAGGUGAUACGUCCGUUGGGAAUGAUGUUACCCGCGGGACACAAGAGACUGCAGCUAGUCCCAUCAGCGACCGUUUGCUCACGCUUGUCCCAGCUAACCCAAGGAAAAGAUCUUCUUCAGUCGUGGAGCCAGUCCGAAUACCUGGAAAACGUAUCCUCAAGAGGACCGGUUCACCCAUGACUGCUGAAAAUAUAAAGAGAGUCCGCUUUGGUGAGGCACCAGCCGUGGACAUCACGAAUGGUGAAGUCAUGCUACCGGGUGCUACCUCUGGUAAAGAAUAUCGGGAGAGAAAACAUUCGGCGAUGUUUCUAACUGCUCGGCGCCAACGCAUAGCAGCACGUCUUUGGAGAAGAACAGCGCGCUGCAUCGCAGAGCAGGCCUUGCUUGAGGUCGAUGCAAGACGCCGCGGCGGACGGAAACGUGUUCAUUGGCGUCGAGGUCUGAUCGCAUUUUUCCGAAAGAACGGACUGAACGGCAAUAUUGAUACAAUGGGAAGAUUCUGCAAAGACCGCCACCAAGCGCAGGACGCGCGGGCAGAGCGCGGGCAGAAUAGACGAGCUGCUGCUUCGAUGGCUGCUGCUAUCAAGAAUCAUACUGAUCCCAAGUGAGGAGCGCCGAGGCCAAUGACCGUUUGCAGCAGGGUACUUUUAUUGCCUCAAUUCAUGGUAAAGUAUAUUCCAAACAAGAGCACAGGGCAGAAGAGUAACCUGAUCAGAACAUCCCACAGGCCAAAUUUUGGUAAUGGAAUGUCGCUUGGGAGGACGGCUGCGAUUGGAGAGAUAAUUUCUGGUCUUGUUGCGGGUGCGCAGG